UAAACAGAGUUUGUGAAAGACUAUCUAGAAUAUAUAAUAUAACACCAUAUUCAUUCAGUCGACGAUUUUCAUAGUCGCUGGUUAAGCUGCAACAUGAAAUAUUUAACAAUUAUCCUGGUUGGGAUCAUCGGAGCUGUGAAUGCAAAUAUUAAGUCAGCAUUUCUUGAUGCUAAAAUUGUUCCUGAUAUUAUAAUUAAUCCACCUACUGAAGAAAUUGAAGUAACAUACGGGUCAAAAAAAGUAAAUGCAGGUAAUGAAUUGACACCAACAGAUACUAGAAAUAUACCUGAAGUUCAUUACAAACAUGAAGGUGGUGUUUUAUAUACAUUAGUAUUAACAGAUCCCGAUAUACCAGUAAGAGGUUACAAUCGCGAAUGGCAACACUGGUUAGUAGGAAACAUUCCUGAAGACAAAGUCGCUAAAGGCGAAGUUUUAACAGAAUACGUCGGUCCAGCGCCGCCAUUAAAGACCGGCAAACAUCGUUACGUUUUCCUGCUCUACAAACAGAACCAAGGAGCGAUAACCUUCGAUGAACGUCGUAUCGGCAAUCGCGACAAAAGACGUAAUCGAUUUUCAAUUAAAAAAUUCGCCGAUAAAUAUAAUCUCGAGGGUCCCAUUGCCGGUAAUUACUUCAUUGCUCAGUACGACGACAUCGUUCCGGUUAUUCACAAGCAAUUGGGCAACUAUUAACCUCAAAAAUUUUAAUUAACCUUAAAAUUAAGAAAUUAAUAAUAUUUUCAUUACUACAAUUACUAUUAUUAUGAUAAAGGUACACAUGAUAAAUAAUAAAAUUUUUUUUUAAAUGAA